CAUUGUAUUGAGGCACCACUGAGCUGUUUGAGAAGCUUUACAAUAAUAUAUUUAGCCUUGAACUGUUUCACUUUUUCUGUGCAUAUUCUAUAGUUUGCCUUAAAAUUGUACGAGACAUUGUUGCAUAUGAAUAAACAAAUGAAAAGUUAUUUGAUCUUGUGCGUAAUUAGUUGUAUUUUUACGUCCCCAGUAACUUUCAUUACCCUGUGAGCUUCAGAUGUGAUGCUCCUGAUCACAGCUGGCGUCUGGACACACAAACAUCUGCUUCAGCUUCUCCUUUGCAUCCAAUCAACAGGGCACAGAUGCUGCUUGUCAACCGCAUCAUUCAUCAGAAGGUUUCUCUUCAAAUGUACAUUUUCUGCUUUGUGAUGAGCUCGUUAAACCUCAUUGUUCCAAAGCGUUACUGGCAGAACGACCGACAAUAAAAACGACCAUGUGGGACCAAUCAAUGCUUGGCUACUUUGAUUCCCUUCUGCAAACAAACCAGAUUUCACGUGGUUUGCUUUCGUCAAUGUUCCUGACCUGAAUACUGUGCUGUACUUCCACACCGCCCAUGUCAAUACACAGAUUCAUUACAGACGGUGAACAGCUGCUAAUCUAUAAAGCUAUUUUCAGAAAGAAGAACUGAAUGAGAGAGGCAAUGAGUUGUUUGACUAUCAGAUGCUGACCUCUUUGUGAUUUCAUUGUGCGCCGUGUUGUGGCAGCAAAAGUGUGUCAACCUGCAACAGCUUGGGCGCACCGUCGGACGCCAGGGCAACUGGGGCGGACAAUUAAAACUGGGCAAAGCCAGAGGACAGGAAACCAUUGGACGGGGUCUGGCAUGGUUAAGUUGCUCGUGUCUAUUUCAGACGAUGGUCUCAGGCUCGAGUCUGUGCAGAAAGGAUCACAAAAGGUUUUUCAAAGUAAGAGAAGGAAGGUGAUAAACAUGGCCACCUUGAGGCGACAACCGAGAUCCAGAACCGGUUCGACUCGACAAGACCGGGGAUCGUGCUCUUCAACUGCGUCUUGUCCAGUCUUCUCUGGAGCCUACAGCGACCAGGAGGACGAGUGUCCACUGCGCCGCCAGUCCUCCCCGGUCCUAAAGGGCUCCCUUUCCAGUCUUCGUAGCGCCACCAGUCCAAGUUCAAAAGGCUCCUUCCCCAGCCUUCAAGGAUCCGUUACGUGUCUGCAAAGUUCUUUGACAAGUCUUCAAGGAUCUUUGCCAAGCCUCCAAGGCUCGCUACCCAACCUUAGGAGAUCGAUUUCUCAGCUGAAGAGGCGGUCGCUGGGCAGUCUGGAGAACUCCAGGCCCAAUGAGUGGACGGCAAGUCUCCAGAGUUGCAAUGGUAGUUCAAGUGACGAAGAUGGCAGCUGGGAUACCAACAGCUGGAGCUCCGGGGCCACCUGCCUCUUACGGACGUCCAUCAGCCAAGAAAGCAGCCCAGUUUCGAGGGAAUCGGACGGUAAAAGUUGCCCUGCUGACCAGACGUCCUCUGGCACCAAAUCUGAGGACGAAAUAAUUUACCAGAACAUUGUUUUUUCACGUAGAGCCGAAAACAAACCAGAAUCCACUCCGGCAAGGGCUGUGCAGCAAAAAGACACCUCUUCAUGCCCAAGUAAGAACGCCUCAACAGUUUUGCCACCUCAGCAAGACGAGAAGGCAGCGGACAGACGCAAGUUCUCCCAGUUUCUGAACGAAGUGACCUGCAGGGUGCUGAAAACUAACGGUGAGUCUCCACAACAACCGCCCACGCCUCUCCAUCAUGACAAACCUCUGCCAACGGCAGCAGUGGCUCGGCUGCCCCUUUACCCCGACCCAAUGAAUCCUCCACCACUCUCUACAUCCGCCACAAACUUGUGGUACCGCCCUACCAGCUGUAACCUUCAAACCAUCAGGGAAUACGACUCCAAAGACCUGAAAAACUCCAUCCACCAGUGGAGCAAGACGCUUCCUAGCUGCAAAGUCUUGGAGCCUGAGGAAGUGCUAAGGAAAUUAAAGAGUGAAAGUCUCUCCAAACCAGAGCAUCAUGUGAAGAUAUGUACAAAGAUCCAGACGCAGCCGACCACUGGGAGGUUUUAUCUGGAGACGGACAUUGACAGAGUGAGGCGGCUGGAUGAGCUUGUCGCUAAUGGCACCCUGGGGAGAGAAAAGAGCCUGAGCAGUUUGGAGAAAGGAAAGGAGAGAGGAAACCGGAUUCCAUGGGAGAGAAACGGAGGCUUGGGAUCAGAGAAAGACAGGAAGGAACGAGAGAAGAGAAAAGAUUACCCAUGGGAGCGAAAUCGAGGAGGAGAGAAAGGCAGACAGAGUGACGGAGAGAAAGAAAAACCAGAAAGAGGGAGAGAAAAGGACAAGAAAGCAGGAUUUCCAAGUUAUGAGCAGCGUCCGUGUCAGCCAUGUCCAGUUUUCAGCUGGCCAGAAGGAUUUCCUAGAGUCUCCUACAGGUCGGCGUCUCUGCCCCGGCCUGUGAAGAUCUCUGAAUCUGAUGGAGAGAUGCGGCACGACAAGAGCUCUUUCCACGACCACAAGGACGACCUCCGCAAGCGCCUGUCGUACACCACACACAAGCUAGAGAUGGUAGAGACAGAGUUCGACUCCACCCGGCAGUACCUGGAGACGGAGCUGCGGCGCGCCCAGGAGGAGCUGGAGAAAUUCACAGAGAAGCUGCGCAGGAUCCAAAGUAGUUACUCAUCUCUUCAGAGGAUCAACCAGGAUUUAGAGGACAAGAUGUGCAGAACGUCUCAGCACCACGAGGAGGAAAAGCGAGCGCUCAGCCGGGAAAUCAUUGUUCUCAACAAUCACCUCAUGGAGGCAAAGAUCACCAUCAACAAGCUGAGAGAGGACAACGACCUGUACAGGAAAGACUGCAACCUGGCCGCCCAGCUGCUGCAGUGCUCCAAGUCUCACUACAGAUCUCACAAGUCAUCUGAGCUGCCGCUGGACUUCCAGGAACGCAUCAGCUCCUACAUGGAGAAACAUAGCCGGGGUAGAGGAGCCACCAUAGCAAUGUGUCACCCUAACUACCCUGAAGAAGUGCCCACAGCCGUAAUUGCCAAGGUCCUGGAAAAGCCUGAACCUGGAAGAGAUUCCCCUGUAACAUGUGCCACAACCUCCCACGUUCAGGAUGGAGACUUUCUAAUAGGAACAGGAAGCAACGAUCACCUGAACCGCCGCAUUUCGUACAAGACAUCGGACCUGUACUGCAGCGACACGGCCUUGUAUUGUCCUGAGCGAUGGCAAGACACAGAACGCAGGCAAAGCGUUGACCUGCAUGGCACUGCCCUGCUUCAGCUGCACGCCCAGACCUCCUUAGAGAGUAACCCAGAUGACGAUCCUUUCCAGUCCGGCAGCUUCUCCCACCAUGACCCCCCAGCGUCUUUCCACCACCACGACGAGUUUGGCACUGGCAGCUUCCCUGCCUCGAGUUCGUACUCCAGCUUCAGCCUCGCAUCGGAUGAGAAGGGCGCAGUUAGCGGUGGUUGUGGGCGCACUGCCAGCAGCACCUUAUCCUCGUCCCACCAGGGUCUCUACAUAGAUUGGCGAGAUGGUGGCAGUGGGGACUAUGAGCGUAAGAGCUUGUCUUCGUAUGACAAAGAAGUUCCCGGGUUCUCCAAGUCGCACAGCAUUCAGCAUAUGGUGACCUCUAGGAGUCCCCAGAAGGAUACGUCACCGUCGUACACAAGGACAGCUUCGUGCUUCAGUGAGCCAUACCACUCGAGCUCCCCUCGCCUCGCCUCGUCCCACAGCAUGGGGUCUACAACUGGACUGGGCCAGGCUCAAGGUGGAGCUUUGGAUAGUCGAAAUGACGUACCUGAGGAUGAUUUGAGUGUCCGCUGGAAACAGCUCAGCGUGGAGGACAUCCACACUUUCUCAUCUUAUCGCAACAUUGCAGGGCGGAUCUCACCGUACAGCUUCUCUGAGAGACAGUUUGCAAUGGGCCCUUCCAGUAAACUCAAAGAGUCUCUCUACAGCAGCUUCCAAGAAGGAGAUGACGUCUUCCACAGCCACGUGCUUGACCAGUGUUUUUCUAUGGGCUCCCUUUCACCCAGCCACAAUCCGAAACCCAAGGAGCAUCGCAAGUCAGAGAAAACCUCUGUGCUGUACCGAGCCAAGAAUGACAGUCAAGACUCUGAGGGAAGUCUGUUCCUCUCAGGAAGCUCUAAAGACAAGGAAAGCAGUGGGGCUGCAACAACUGCGAACAGUGCAAAGAAGGACUACGUAAACCUGAGCGUGGACAGCUCGGCCGAGUCCUUACACCACAGCUCACUGGAGGCCUCGAGUCUUCAGCACUACCCAGCGCCGAGGCCAACGAUCCGUCCUCGCCCGAGUUCCAGUUCCGCUCUCAGCGUAGGCCCCGCGCUCCCAAAGAAGACUUCUCCAAGGUACCAAAAAUUUGGGAGCACAGGAUUGACAAGGAAGGACAGCUUGACCAAGGCACAGCUCUAUGGUACGCUCUUGAACUGAGUGCGCAAGAGAGGCGUCAGUUUAUGCAUGCCGAUGACGAUGAGUCCAUACUGUUCUGCACUGUCAGUCUCCCCUAAAACGAACUCAUUCGUGCGAUAAGGUGUUAAGCUGUUGUCCCUUUUUGUAUCUUAGCCAAGGCACGCGUCAUGCAGUCUGUAACAUGUUUUCUAUUGUGCAUCUUGAUACACUGUAGCAAUCAGAUAUGCCAGCUGUAAAGAAAGUUUUAUUCAUAAUUUAUUUUCCAGGAAUGGCCACCAGUAUGCUGCUAGCACAGUGAGGAGCUAAACACCAACAAUGUCAUCAAAAACUCUCAUUCAACACUAAAACCGGCACAAAUCGGAGAUGAAUUAUAACUUCUGCUUCCGUGAUGUGCAGAGGCAUGCGUCUGCAUGCUAUAAUUGUGCAAGCCUCACUUUUCUCCACAUAAUUGAUGUUUUGCUGGGGAGAGGUUACCUACACUGCAGUAGUAACCCUUUCAAAACAACACCGCCUGUCAUGCUACUUGAGGUCUUUAAGUUUUUAAGCUGAACUUAUGGAAAUUAAAAUACUCGUAAACAAGCAAACAGCAGCUUCAGACACUCUCCUCCCUUCUUCUUUUGGCUCAGACAUGAAGACAAGUGCAAACAGAAAGAAAGUGAUCUGCAGACAUCAGAUGUUUUGUAAUGAAAAAUGACAAAAUUGAUGUAAAAAGAGAGUAUUUUCUUACCUGAAUAACAUUAUGCUCACAAACAACGCACAUGCAGAGUCGUUUGUGAGCAUAAUGUGUCAGAGACAAUGGUCUGAUUGGUCAGUGGUGGUUUUCCAACAGAGGAGGUUGUUUUAAAGGGUGAGAAUCAGUCCAUUCAUUUAUUAUGUUUCAUACUUUAUGCCUUUUAUGAUGAUAAUGGACAACAUGUGUUACAGAGUGUCUUAUUUACUCAUGUUAGCAAGAGAUCUAUGGUGUGUUGUACACUGUGCUGACUGUAAGCUGUUAAAAAUCUUCAGCUGGAAUUUAUUUGUCAUAAACAUUAUUUGUCAUAAACAAAUAAUGCAUGUUUCAUUAAACAAAAAGAAAAGCCGAAUUAGUUUGCACAGGCACAUUAUUAGAAAAAAAGUUGUUGUUUUUUAAAUUGCUUUAUUUAGCAUUUAAAUUUUAUAUAUAUAAAAAAACAUUUAUUCUCCUUCAAGCUACAUUUAAAACUUGAAUACUGAGAUAAUUAAUUGUCUGAUGAAUAGAUGAUAGGAUAAAAAUAAAGUUAAAAAUGCACUAGUGAAACGAUUUAUCGAUUCAUUAGAAAUAACUAAAGUGCAGUGGAAACAACAAAUUUGACAAUGUGACAUUAAGUCAGGCUAAACCGUCCCUGUUUUGUGUCAGAAACACCAGUGAUUUCUAAAAUAAUAAUUUUUUCUUUAAAUUUAGAAGUUUACUCACGUUUCCUAGAACAGUAGAAAGCAAGACUUCUGUUAAUUUGCUAACAGCAGAGCUAAUAUUUUGUUCAGCUCUUUAGCAGGUUUGCUGACUCUGAAGAGAUUUAACUCACUUAGCUUUCCCUACAUGGAUUUAAUUGAAUUUAUAAAGUGCUAAUUUGUUGCAACACAUGAUGUGUUAUGAACACCUGAUUGAGUUUAGCGCUUUAGCAUUAGCUUCUGACAGAUACAUUGUUGGCAGCUUUCGCGUUUGUGGAACUUGUAGAAUUACCAGUGAUUUCUAAAUUAAUAAAACAAAUUUUCUUCAAAUUUAGAAGGUUACUUACAUUUCCUGGAACAAUGGUAAGCACAUUUCUGUUAAUCUACUAAGAGCAGAGCUAAUUUUUUUAUUUAGCUCUGUAGCGUUUUUGCUAACUUUGAAGGCAUUUAGCGCAUUUAGCUUCCCCUACAUGGAUUUAAUUGAAAUUCUAAAGUGGAAAUUGUUGUAACACAUGUUACAACUAAUAACAUGCAUUGAGUUUAGCACUUUAGCAUUAGCAUCUGCUAAAUACCUUUAGCAUUAAUUAGCACUUUAGAGUUAGCGCACCUAACUUUUUCAUUAGCAGUACAUCAGUUCUGGAAUUUAGGAAACAAUAAAUGAUUUUUGAUAUUCUGUUAAGACCUAAAAUAGGGAAAGUUAAGUGAUUUGAGGCCAGAAAGUGAGAAUAAAAUAGUUUCGUAAUGCAGCGUGCAUUAACUUUUGCGUUUAGCUGCAAACAAAACAAAUAAUAGCACAGUAGGAAUAUAAAUAUAAGAUGCAGGAGUCUGAUUUUAUACGGCUGGAGUUUUUCAUAUUUUUAUAUCAAAAUUAAAUGUUGAAUUUGGUGGCUGUACGGCACAGUAGUUAAACCAGGACACUUUGCCUUAACCUCUUUCACUAGACAAGCAGAACGGUUUCCUGUACAGACUCCAAUAUGCUGUGUACAUACUGUAUAUCUGAGCUUCUGUCUCUGUAUGUAAACAUCUUUCCUGCAUUUCUUCUUCCUGUCUGCAAGAACUCAAGGCAGAUUUUUCAAGGAUCAAACCUGCUUCAAACAGAAGACGUGUUUAUCUGAAAUAUUUCUUCUGUGCUGGUAUGACAUCCAACACUGUUGCCCACUGUAAGCCAAAGCAAAAGUGCAGCUACAUUAACGUUUCAGCCGAUUCCUGUACUGAUAGUUUCGCCCAGAUUUUCCCCAUCAAACCUGUAAAAAGAUGAACUGGUUGAGUCUUCAACCGUAGAGUCACUGUGUUGCUUUAAACCAGCAUGCCCAGUUAGGCUAAACACUGUGAGAAAACAAAACCAGAUGCAGUAUAAACAAAAACAGAUAGGCAUGUUGUCCUGUUGCAAAAAAAGUAAAACAAAUAAAAAGAAAAUAAAUAUAUGGUUAAAGAGAAGAGCUGGAUUCUUUUGCUGUGCAGUUUCAUAUUAAAGUUUGCAAAGUGUCAAGGGUGCGACAUCAGUUUUCUUCCUCCGUUGAUGUUGCCACUAACUUCGCCCUUGAUUUGUGAUGGACGGAUUUUAUUUUGGAUGCCUCUACCUCCUUAAUUCACAGAGAUCUGAGAACUGAUUCAAACCAUCAGAGAUGUUUUCAAGAUUUUGUACGACUCUGAAACACAGAAAUCCUUCCAAACUAGAGUGAUGUAUAAAUAACAAGAUGGUGGAAAAUAUGAAUGACUGCAGAGGGGAUGAUAUUUUUGUUGUUGACACAAUGUACAAAAGCAGAUAUUACAUAUAUAUAAUAACUUAUACCUAUAUGACUAUUUUUAUCUAGUUUUAGUUGAUGUUAUAUUUACUGAGCAUUUUGACCCUGAAUGAUGGGACUGAAGCGGUUCUGUUCUGUCCGACCUCCAGCCUGGUUCUGUCGUCUAAACGUCAACAUGUGUUUGUCUGACGCAUGGUUAUUGAUUUUUUCUGUAUGUUUAUUUACUUAAUAAAGAUGAGUGUUUGGAAAAAGGUAA